CACUUCCGCUCACUCUGUGACUUCCGUUUGCAUCAUUUCUCGUGUCAAUUGGCAGCCGGUUUCAGAGCAUCCGUCAUGGUGGAGUCAGUCCCCGAAUCCAUCAACUUUCCCUCUGAAGAGGAGAAGAUCUUGCAGUUUUGGCAAGAAAAGGACUGUUUUCAGGAAUGCCUCAGACAGUCUAAGAACAGACCCAGGUACAGCUUCUAUGAUGGCCCUCCUUUUGCCACGGGUUUACCCCACUACGGUCACAUCUUAGCUGGCACCAUCAAGGACAUUGUUACUCGCUUUGCCCACCAGAAUGGCUUUCAUGUGGACCGGCGCUUUGGCUGGGAUUGCCAUGGCCUACCUGUGGAGUAUGAAAUUGAUAAAACUUUAGGGAUCAAAGGGCCUGAAGAUGUGGCCAAGAUGGGCAUCGCUGAGUACAACAAGCAGUGUCGAAACAUUGUCAUGAGAUAUUCUAAUGAAUGGGAGAUUUCAGUGACAAGAAUGGGUCGGUGGAUUGACUUCAACAACGACUACAAGACUCUGUACCCAUGGUUCAUGGAAACAGUGUGGUGGGUGUUCAAACAGCUCUAUGACAAGGGUUUUGUAUAUCGUGGAUUUAAAGUCAUGCCUUACUCGACUGCCUGCAACACCCCCCUCUCCAACUUUGAGUCUAAUCAGAACUACAAGGAUGUCCAGGAUCCCUCUGUGAUUGUCAGUUUCCCUUUGGUUGAAGAUGAGAACGUUUCUUUCAUUGCUUGGACAACCACACCUUGGACACUGCCGAGCAACUUGGCCCUUUGUGUCAACCCAGAGUUCUUGUACAUCAAGGCCAAAGAUCACUCUACAGGAAAGACCUACAUAAUGAUGGAGGCCAGACUGGGAGCUCUUUUUAAGUCAGAGAGUGAAUACACUAUCUUGGACAAGUUUCCUGGAAAGAUCUUGAAAGGGAAAAAGUACAAACCUCUUUUUCAGUACUUUGCCAAGUGUGGGGAGAAAGGAGCUUUCCAGGUGGUGACAGAUAACUAUGUCAAGGAGGAAGAGGGCACAGGAGUGGUCCACCAGGCACCUUACUUUGGAGCUGAUGAUUACAGGGUGUGUUCCGAAUAUAACAUCAUCCAGAGAGAUCAGGCUCCUGUUUGCCCUGUGGAUGCUUCAGGCUGCUUCACUUCGGAGGUCACUGACUUUGCAGGACAGUAUGUCAAAGACGCCGACAAGAACAUUAUUAAGCUGCUGAAGGAAAAGGGACGCCUGGUCAAUGUCAGCACUUUCAAACACAACUAUCCCUUCUGCUGGAGGUCUGACACACCCCUGAUCUAUAAAGCUGUUCCCAGUUGGUUUGUACAAGUCGAACACAUAGUGGACAAACUUCUGGAGUGCAAUGGGAAAUGCUACUGGGUUCCAGAGUUUGUGCGGGAGAAGCGUUUUGGAAACUGGCUAAGAGAUGCACGGGACUGGGCGAUUUCAAGAAAUCGAUACUGGGGCACACCGAUACCUCUUUGGGUCAGCGACGACUUUGAGGAGGUCGUUUGUAUCGGGUCCAUGGCUGAGCUGGAGGAACUAACUGGAGUGAAAGUUACAGAUCUGCAUCGGGAAAAUAUUGACAAUCUGACAAUACCUUCGCGAUGUGGUAAAGGUGAGCUGCGGAGAGUUAAGGAGGUGUUUGACUGCUGGUUUGAGAGCGGCAGCAUGCCUUAUGCCCAGGUUCACUACCCGUUUGAAAACAAGAAGGAGUUUGAGGACACCUUCCCAGCAGACUUCAUCGCCGAAGGCAUUGACCAGACCAGAGGAUGGUUCUACACCCUGCUGGUCCUCUCCACAGCGCUGUUCGGAAAACCACCAUUCAAGAACGUCAUUGUUAACGGACUGGUGCUCGCCAGCGAUGGGCAGAAGAUGAGCAAGCGUAAGAAGAACUACCCAGACCCAGGACUGAUUGUGCAGAACUAUGGAGCCGAUGCCCUCAGACUGUACCUGAUCAACUCACCUGUGGUGCGAGCAGAGAACCUGCGAUUCAAAGAGGAGGGUGUGCGAGACGUGUUGAAGGACGUCUUCCUGCCGUGGUAUAACGCCUACCGCUUUCUGGUACAGAAUGUACAGAGACUACAAAAGGAGGACAACAUUCAGUUCCUCUACAAUGAAAACACAACGAAACAGAGUGACAACAUCAUGGACAAGUGGAUCCAGUCCUUCACACAGUCCCUCAUUCAGUUCUUCAAGGCUGAGAUGGGUGCGUACCGCUUGUACACUGUCGUGCCUCACCUGGUCAAGUUUGUGGACAUGCUCACCAACUGGUACGUCAGGACCAACAGACGCCGCUUGAAGGGUGAGAGUGGCACUGAGGACUGCCUGUGGGCGCUGGAAACCCUCUUCAGCGUCCUGUUCUCCAUGUGCAGGCUGAUGGCUCCUUUCACACCCUUCAUUACAGAAAUGAUGUACCAAAAUCUGCGUCACCUCAUUGACCCAGCAUCUAUGGAAGAAAAAGACACAAACAGCAUCCACUAUCUCAUGCUGCCUCAAGUCAGGGAGAAUCUGAUUGACAAGCGUAUUGAAAGUGCUGUCUCUCAGAUGCAGUCUGUGAUUGAGCUGGGCAGAGUGAUUAGAGACAGGAAGACCCUGCCCGUCAAGUAUCCACUGAAGGAGGUGGUAGUUAUCCACCAAGACCCAGAGGCCCUGAAAGACCUCCAGUCUCUGCAGAAAUACAUUCUUGAUGAGCUCAAUGUGCGACAGUUGACACUUUCAACGGACAAGGACAAGUAUGGUAUCCGUCUGAGAGCCGAACCCGACCACAUGGUGCUGGGCAAGAAAUUAAAGGGGGCCUUCAAAGCUGUCACUUCGUCCAUCAAGGAGCUCACCAGUGAGCAGCUAGAGGCCUUCCAGAAGACAGGAUCAAUCAUGGUUGACGGCCAUGAGCUCCACGAGGAGGACUUGAGGCUGAUGCACACCUUUGAUCAGAGUUCUGGCUCUGCUGCGCAGUACGAAGCACACUCCGAUGCCCAGGUCCUCAUGCUGUUGGAUGUCACCCCAGACCAGUCCAUGGUGGACGAAGGCGUCGCCAGGGAGGUCAUCAACCGCAUUCAGAAACUACGCAAGAAGGGACAUUUGGUGCCAUCAGAUGAAAUAACAGUGUAUUACCGCUGUCAGCCAGAAGGGGAGUACUUGGCAUCUGUGGUCCAGGCUCACACUGACUUUAUUCUGGCUACCAUCAAGGCUCCUCUUCUUUCCUACCCUGUCCCAGAUACUGCCAGCGUCAUCAUAGUGGAAAAGACUCAGCUGAAGGGCUCAGACUUAGAGUUAACUAUAGUGAAGGGAUCUACACUCCCUCGAGCUCUUCUAAAUGGACCAGCGUGCACAUAUGUGAACCUCAGGGUGAAAGUCAACAACAAAGAACAAGAGGGUGUAGUUCUGUUGGAGAACCCCAGAGGGGAUAACAGACUAGACUUGGACAAACUGAGGAAAGUUUGCAGCAGCAUCUUUGGAACCAAUAACACGCUGCUCAAGUUCUUCAGUAAUGGAGCUGAAUUGACCAACAAAAUGGAUCUUCAAGCUCAGAGUGGUAAAACUUUGGCUGUGACUUCAGACCCCUCCUUUCAGGACCCCAUCAGCACUGCUAACACCCUGCUGUGUCCCUAUGUAAACCUGUUGCUGUGCAAUGCACAACCAACUGAGUGCCAGGCUGGAGAUAUUGGCACCCUCCUGUUGGUGAACCCAGCAGGCCAGAACGAGCUCGAUUACUCUGGUCUGCUCUAUGAGGCAGCCAAGGUUUUCGGCCUUCGCAGCAGACGACUUAAACUCUACCUGGACCAGGACCUAACUCAUGAGCUGCCAGCUGAUUCGUCAGUAAAAUCUCUUAACACCAAAACCCUCUUUUUGAGAGUCCUUCCGACCACCGCCGAAGCAUAAAGCAAUGGAAGCAGUCUUAGGAACACAAUUCGAGCAACGUUUUUAACACCCAAAGGCCCCAGUGAUGUUCAGUAAAGCA